AAUCAUUUAGAUCUCACUUGUUCUAUAUUUUUCCCUCCUUUUAAGAUUUAGUAAAUAAGUGAUAGGUAUUGUUAUGUCUACAAAGCUGAGUGAAGCAAAUGCCUUCAACUCACAACGUCAAACGUCCAAGAAUUUGGAAAAAAAGCUUUAAACCCAAAUGCUUCUGAAACCCUAUUGCUUUUUGACAUUUUGUCUAACCUAUGGAUUCACCUCACCGAACGGAAGAUUAUAAACGAAGAACAGAAGGGUGGUUGUUUUUCUGUACAUAAAAUUGAUGGUACGAUGAUAAAUUGAUGCAUUGCAGCAAGGAUAAUCGUAAGGGAGCGAUCUGUAUGUGUGAGUGAACAAUAUUAAACCCCAUAGCAAUUUGAUCAAUCACCUGCUUUGAUCAAUCACCAGCAAAGCAGGUACGCCAAAGCUCAAGUGACCUCUUCAUGAUAUUUUAUAUCACUGUCACAAGUGAUUUGGCUUUGACAAGGAUGAUCAUUGCUUUUGCAUGCAGAAUUCAUUAUCUCAAAUAAGUCUCAGGCUCUUGCUGCGAUUUUUCUUUUCAUUGGAUAAGCAAUUUAAAGAGAGAAGAAUGAAACGGCAAGUGUGGCGGUCAGCUUCUUCUCAGAUUUUUAAAGAAUUAAAGAGAUGCAGGCCUGAUGUCAGGCUAUCAAGUAAUGUUUUGCCAGGUUUCUCAUCACAACUUGGUGAACGAAUUGGCAGUGCACAUGGUGUGGAAGUCAACUAUAGAAAUAAAGUGUUAAAAUCAAAUGGAAUGCAUUGGAUGUUUUCUUUCUCAGUCCGCACCCUUGCUUCUAGUUCUGCAACAGAGUCCAAUCAACAAACCAAGCAAGAGUUUCUGCAGAAACAUGAUAGAGAUGUUGCUAAAAAGGAGGACCCUUUUGAUCCUCUAACAGAUCAAAUUCCAGAGCAACCUGUAACGUUUGCUGAAGGUGCUUCUUACAGUCUUGUUAUAUUGGCAGGGUUGGCUGUUGCAGCAGGUGCUGCAUAUGCUGUAUUUAAGGAGCUUAUAUUUGAACCUAAAGAGUACAAAAUCUUCGGGAAGGCCUUGGAGAGAGUACAGAGUGACAGUCAGGUUAAAGUUCGAAUAGGAUCUCCUAUCACUGGGUAUGGCCAUGAAAGUAGGAAUCGUGCUGCCCGCCAGCGAAUUCCUCAUAGAAAAUGGAGUGAUGAAGAUGGAGUUGAACGUGUUGAGGUGAAUUUUUACGUUCGUGGGCCCCAUGGAGCUGGUAAAGUAUACAGUGAGAUGUUCAAGGAUAAAACAGAUAAGAAUUGGAAGUUUACAUAUUUAAUUGUGGAUGUCACAUCACCCACCCGGACACAACUUAUGCUGGAAUCUUAUGUUCCAGCAUGAUGUAUGAGUGAAAUUUGGUAUGGAAGUGUGCUGGUGUCAGUAUGCUUGAUUAGGCAGCAGAUUUUUCCAUUUUUUAUGCAAUAAUAUAUUUCUCACAACUCACAGGAAAAUUUAAUUUUAACCACUUUUUAACUGUCCGAUAGGUUUGUCCUUUUGUUUUCUUAAGUUACCUCCUACAGGGGUGUGGAAAUAUGAUGAUCUGGUUACAAUUUUUUACCCUUUACUCUUUCUUAGAAAGCCAAAGGCAAGAUAACUCAUUUCUGGUUAACAUGAGAUGUUUGAGGAAACAAAUUCCUCUCAUUCUAUUUAUUAACAUUUUUUCUCAGUUUACUACAGUGGAUAACUCUGAGCCACAGAUGUUGCGAGGAAUCACCCUGUAGAAUGUUUUGAUUCGCUUGCAAUUCAAUGAUAAGGGGACAAGGUUUCUCCUUUUUUGCCACCUGGACGGUUUUCCUCAAAAUCUGGAUAUUUUCUGUAGCCAUGGAAACUGUUGCAUCUCCACUAUCAAAAUGUUACAUGUUGAAUGUGUAAUUGCAUGCCAGCAUCGUCAAUAUUGCAAAGUGUUUUUGCUCAUUAAGGAGCCUCAUAUUUUAA